UGUGAACUUCAUCAUCUCACAUUUCGACUACGGACGCUACUUUGGGAUACCCCUCAUCCUAACGAGAUAGCUUUAGCUACAUCUCCAUGUCUACAAAAGGUCAAGAUUUUCUGCUCCUGGCGAGAUUCAGAUGGCGACGAUGAUUUCAAUCAGGAGGCGAUUAUGGAGCUUGUUGCUCAUCUUGCUCCUAAUCUGAAACAAGUUACUAUGGUCAAAUUUACUCCGAACCUAUCACCAAAAUACAACCGCCCGCGAGGCCGAUGGCAAGGCCUUCCAGGAUUUAUCCCUGAAAAGAUAGGGUCGUUGACCUCUCUGUCAGUCAUCGGAAACCCAAACCUCCGGUCGCCAGAACUUAUUGAUGCGUGGGCUAAGUUUACGGAUUUUGGUUGGCUCCAACACCUGAAUCUCGGGGGUACUGGAUACGGGGGUUUAAGUAGUGAGUUGAUGAGUUAUAUUUCUCAUAACUACUCCUUCCCUCGAUUAAGGACUCUUGGUCUUGUGCUCACACGUGAUGAUGGCCGGGAGGAGAAGCCUCAUUAUGGCGAUAAUAUCAUUGCCUUUUUCACAUCCCUGAAGCCUCUUGAAGAGCUUUCAAUAUCUGGCCCCCUUGAGCCCAAGAUUAUUGAUACUAUUCUAUGCCGGCAUGGCCGGACGUUGACAAAGCUCGUUCUACAUCCGGUAGAAGCAAUACCCUAUGGAUCUAAUUUUCGGCGAGAAAUGCCUUUGAUCUUUACAAAAGAGAACAUUCUUAAAAUUCAGGCAGAGUGUUUGAAAUUAGAAGAACUGGUCAUUCCUGUUAAGCGCAUGAAGUCCAAUAAAGCUGAAGUUGGGGUAUACAAAAGCUUUGCUAAGAUGGAGUGUUUACGAUCUCUCUUUCUCAUUCUCGACUGCUCGGAUUGGCGGCUCUACCGAGAUAUAACCUAUGAUCCUUCACUUGAACCUGAAUUUGAUGAUUUCGACCUACAGACUUGGUCGAAUCAUAUAAAGAAUGGCCAUCUGCGGACAGCCUUGAUGAACUGUGCCGUGGAUGAGACACUGGCACGGUCAAUCUGGGAUUUAAUCUCUCAAAAUAAGGCUGGUAGACAGCUGGAGUCUCUCAGACUGUGGACUACCGGGGCUGGCACAUUCGGCAGUAGAGACAGAACGAGGAGACUUCCUCGGGACGACAAAGACGCUAUCGCCGUUAUGGAGAUUGGUCAAUUUGCAAGAGAGGCUCAUGAUCAAGAGUAUAGAGAGUCGAGAAAAAACAGGCUGAGGUUUUUCAAGAUGAGGGAUUAUGAAGCGAGUUUAACACCUGAGCAACGAGAAGGUGAGGUUGCGAAAUACGGAGAACUUCAACAACCACCAGACUCAGAUUCGGAUUACGACUUAGAUGAAGCUCGCGCAAAGAUAUCUAGUCGUAUUUGGCCCCGUACGGAGGGGAGUAAGAAUUGGCGGGAUGACUGGUCAAGUCUCCCUUUAGAGGUUUAA